UUGUCUUCAUGAUGACCAUCAUCUCUCUGCUCCUGCUGGCCUCUCUGCUGCCACACCUGACCUUCACUGCUCAUGUGAAUGUGGGUAUAGUGAACGGCAAUGAAGCAAAACCCCACUCCAGACCUUACAUGGUUUCUAUUCAAUUCUAUGGGGAACACAUCUGUGGUGGAUCCCUCAUUUCUGAUCAGUGGGUCUUGACUGCUGCACAUUGUUGGAAAAGAAAUCAGACUCUGACGGUUGUGGUUGGUGCUCAUGACUUAAGGGAAAGUAAUAUUUCAGAUCAUAUUGGAGUGAAGUUCUACAUCCAACAUAAAAGCUAUAGUGUUGAUUUUAAUUUCAAUGACAUCAUGCUUUUGAAGUUACAGGAAAAAGUCAACAUUAACAACAACUAUGUUAAACCGAUUUCAUUACCAAAGAAUAAAGAAGAUGUUGAGGCAAACACUCUCUGUAGUGUUGCGGGCUGGGGACAACUGAAGAUUGAAGGCCAAAAGAGCCAUCGUCUAAUGGAGGCAAACAUGACUAUAAUGAAUAAAAGUGAAUGUCAAAAGAGCUGGCGAAUGAAGUUCUCAGAAACACAGAUGAUGUGCGCACAUGGCUAUGGUGGAUCCUGCCGUUUUGAUUCUGGGGGUCCUUUGGUUUGUGGACACACUGCAAUUGGUGUCACAGCUUUUGGAUAUAAAUUACUCUGCAAUUCACCCAAGAAACCCAAUGUGUAUAUUAAGAUUUCAGAAUAUAUUCCAUGGAUAAACGAAAAAAUUAAAAUGUGAAGUGAGUUAAGUUCUUGAUUUUUUUUUUUUUCAUGACCUCUUUCAAUAAAAUUAUCACUUGGCAAUCAUAAAA